UUUAGAAUGAAGUACUUGUAUCUGCUUUUGCUGGCCUCCUCAGUGUCGAGUCUGUUCUGGGAGGAUUUUUAUCGAACUUUGGCAUCGGAGAAUGCAGAAAGGAACCUCAUUUAUUCGCCGUUGUCCGUUGAUAUUAUGAUGGGCAUGGUUUACAUGGCAGCAGGCGGAAACACGGCGCAAGAAUUUAGAAACGUUUUCAAAUUAUCAGAGAACAAAAGUCAAGUGGCAAACAGCUAUCGUAAAUUGUUUGCCGGCAUUAGGAGCCGCGAAAAGGUCCUUUUCCUGCAUAUAGCAAACCGGAUAUAUGUCAACCGGAAAUAUCGCCUUGUACCUGAGUUUAAUGAGGUGGUACGGAGGGCCUUUAAGGCCAAAGCCAAGUCUAUCCGCUUAGACGGUCCUGUCAGCGCCUCUUUGAUAGUCAAUAGCUGGAUACUAAAUCGAACGCGAGGCAUGAUCCGGAACAUAGUCUCACCUAGCGACUUGAAUCCGGAUACAAGUGCGUUUCUGGUGAAUGCAAUCUACAUGAAGGGCCAGUGGGUGUUUGACUUUCAGGCCGACCAAACUCAUGAAGCCGACUUCCAAGUAUCACCUGACAAAAUCAUUCAGGUGAAGAUGAUGACUUUGUCAGCAUCCCUGUUCUCAGCAGACCUGGAAGACUUGGAUGCGAAGGUUAUCGAGCUGCCCUACCGAAACUCAACUCUUUCCAUGCGCAUUUUUCUGCCCAACAGAGUUGAUGGCCUAAGAAAAUUGGAGGAAAAUAUUGGGCUUCUAAAGCCUAAUCUGCAAAAAAAUUCCGUAAAUGUCAAGCUGCCCAAGUUCAAAAUCGAAUCUAGCGUACAGCUGAAGGGGAUUUUAGAAAAGUUAGGCAUUCGUGACGUAUUUAAGCCCACAGCUGACUUGAAAGGGCUAGUGCUAGAAUCUGGUGCUAAGAUCGAUAGAAUUGUGCAGAAAGCCUUUCUGAAGGUCGAUGAAAGGGGUGCCAAGGCCUCAGCGGCAACAGGAGUUCUAAUUCGCCCAAAAAAAUCAAUUGACAAUAUGAAACUGCCUCCAAUGGAGUUCAUAGCUGAUCAUCCCUUUUCCUACGUAAUUCAUGACCACGAUGUCAUUUACUUUCGGGGUCACAUCGUCGAACCACACUGGUAAUCAAAUGCCAGCAAAAUUGUAUUAUAUUAUAUUGUCUUAUAAUAUGAACCAACACUUUACCAUAACAUA